CCCGCAACGAUCGAAAAGCCCAUCAGUCAUGUUUAAAGUGGGAUUCUACAAUCUUUACCUGUGUUGGAUCCCGUCAUGAUACGGCAAUGCACUAUUCCGUCUUUGAUCUCUUCGAGUUUUCGUCGCCCAGCACAGCUGUGUCUGCGACGUCUCCAUGAUUUGACGUCCUCAAAACCCUCGAUAGCUUCAGUCCUCCACUCUACCGAGCAGUUACCGCAGGACUCUGAGUCCUCCAAAUCACUUACCAUCAAUGGAUUCAUUCGUUCAGUCCGCAAGCAAAAGCGCUUUUGCUUUGCUGCAGUCGGCGAUGGCUCAACAGUGCAGCCUCUGCAGGCCGUUUUAACGCCAGCACAAGCUGAAGGACUCUCAACCGGAGCCGCUGUCACAAUUAGUGGAUUGCUAAAGCGCUCUCCAGCCGGGAAGCAACAGGACUAUGAAUUGCAUGCAAGUGACGUAAGGACAAUCGGCGAAGCCGAUCCUGCAAGCUACCCUCUGCAGAAAAAGUAUCACACUGCAGAGUUUCUUAGAACCAUGCCACACUUGCGGACGCGCAUCCCAUUCAAUUCUCUUUUACUUCGCCUAAGAUCGCACAGCAUUAGUCGUCUCACCAGCUUCUUUGCAGAUCGGAACUUCGUGCAAGUUCACCCGCCAAUAAUUACUUCUUCUGAUUGUGAAGGGGCCGGCGAGGUCUUCACUGUUGCCGACCAAUCGUCCCAAAAACCACCACCUCCAAGCGGCCAACAUCGCCGAGAGGAACCCUUCUUCCGAGACUCGAAAUACCUAACCGUCUCUACGCAGCUUCAUUUGGAGGCUCUAGCUCAAUCAGUGGGAAAUGUGUGGACACUCUCCCCGACAUUUCGAGCCGAGAAGAGCGACACUGCCCGUCAUUUGAGCGAGUUUUACAUGCUCGAGGUGGAGCUCUCCUUUGUUGACAAAGUAGGUGAGGUGCUAGACGUGGUUGAAGACAUGCUCCGAGACUUGGCACAGAGUCUCCAAGAGUCUCGCCUCGGAAAGGAGCUUUUGCAAGCAAAGCGGAGCUUCCUUAAGGAAUCAUGGCCUCGGAUCACAUACACGGAGGCAAUUCGUAUCUUGGAACGGGCUGAGGCAGAGCAAAAGGUGGACUUCGAAUUCAAACCUGACUGGAAUAAUGGGCUGCAGGCAGAGCACGAAAAAUACCUUGCAGAAACAGUGGGCAAGGGUAGUCCUGUCUUUGUGACCGACUACCCUCAAGCUAUCAAACCUUUCUAUAUGCUUCCGUCUGCAUCCGAUGAAACUGUGACAGACGGUCCUACUGUUGCAUGUUUUGACCUCCUCGUGCCAGAAAUAUGCGAGGUUGUGGGCGGCUCAAUGCGUGAACAUCGAUUGCAGCAGCUUGUUGCAGGCAUGAAGAAUCGCGGAAUGGCCAAAGGCACUCAACAAGAUUUUGGAAGCCUGAAUUGGUAUGUUGACUUGCGGAAAUGGGGUAGCGUCCCCCAUGGAGGCUUUGGUCUUGGAUUUGAUAGAUUGUUAGCAUAUCUCGCCGGUGUCUCGAAUAUUCGGGAGAUUGUGACCUUUCCCAGGUGGGUCGGAAGAUGUGAGUGUUAG